AUGCGGAGGCGGGCGUAUCGACGGAGGUACAGCGCCAGGGUGCUUUGCGUUCCCCUUCUACUGUUGAUGCUGAUUGCACUCGUGACUUGCCAGAAUUUCCUGCGAGUCGUGCAUGGCCCAUUCCGUGUGGUGGCUCGUGAACAGGUGCAGCAGUACGAAGAGAGGAGGCGGGAGCGGCAGACGCCGUUUGAGGCCGCGUUUGCUGCGAAGGCCCAAGCUGUUCUUAACGGUAGCCAUCGUCUUGGAGAAGGGUUGGACGUGCACCUGUUUGUUCUCUGGCAUCAAGCGUACGCACAGCGGCGGGCGGUAUUGAAAGACAUUCGUGAUAGUUUUGUUGUGCUCGAGCUGGCAGAGUUCGAUUGGGGCGACAAAACGAGGGAGCACCGCAAGUUUAUCUCAAAUCUUUGGGUACUGUACAGUGGCAAGGGCGGGUGGAGGCGGGAGGGGAUGUGGGAGAAGCUACAUCAGUGCGGCUACGGAAGAUUCACCGCUCUUGCUGUUGCGGACAUGCACCCCCGCUACGUAAGGAAGCACACCGCGCACGGCCUCGAUACCGUGAACCUCAUGAUGCACACCAAGAAGGACUUGUACAGAAGGUGGACGGGCGGCGGCUUCAAGGUGCAUGGAACAUACACCACGCAUGAGACCAACCAUGACCUUCGCGUCCUGUUCCACACCACCGUUGAGGGCGUCCUUGGAAGAGCGCUGGAGACACGGCUCUACACCAGAGAUGCCGUUUCCGCAUUCUUGUACGAUCCCGCCUCCUUCCUCACGACACGCGAGGUGUAUGGGGUUAGCAACGUCGGCAACGAGGCCAGCAGUGACAAAGCUGAAGGGACGACAAAGCAGUACGGCCGGCAAGGCUGGCGGUGUGCUUCGUUUAUUUUUGCGCUCGGCUCGCUGACGCGGGUGACGGUGGAGGAUGGACGAACCGGGGCUCUGCUUUGGUCGCAGCGCAGUUCGCCCUCCGGGACGCCGUUCGCGGUAGAAGCGGUGACACACGUUGAGUGUGCCGCGUGGCCCGACGCGCUGGAGCUUCGCGCCUGCUCGUCCGAGAUGUGGGGGGCUGUGGCACUGUUGCGUGCCUCACCGGCCAAUUCGUCAGAGGUGACUUUGAGCAGUACUUUUACCGUUGAACUGGAUGGCUCCACUCGAGUGCUGCGUUUAAAAAACUUCGAUUGA